AUGCCGUCCCGAACGACAAGACUGUCCGAUAAAGCGGCCCUCCCAUUCCGAACCUCCAACAAGCAAAAACGACAGGACCUGCACGUCAAGCAGAAACGUGCGCGGGAUGCCUUGAAAAGAGCCGAGCGGUUCAGCCGCAAAAAGCAGGAGGCCAAGAACCCGAAACUACGAGAAGAGCGAUUACGGCGCAACGUCCCCGUGACUUUGGACAAGAAACGAGUCUACGAUGAAGUUGCAGACGAGCCGGAUGACGGUGGUCUAGGAUUGGCCUAUGACGUGGAGAGGACAAAACGGAGAAGGCUGGCCGAGGAGCAGCGGCUUGAAUUAGAAGGACUGGCAGAUGUAGAGGAGGAUGAGAAGAAAGAAACUGAUGACGACGAGGACAACGACUCCAUGCUAGACGAAAGCGAGAGCGAAGGCGACAAAGACGAAUCAGACCUGGAACCAGAUGAACUCGACGAGUCCGCACACGACCCUCUACCCUCGAAAUCCCAGAUCCUACGCCAUUCUUCUCGAACACAACGAAUACAACAGCAGCACGAUCGCACACCGUCGCCCACCCGGUCCACGGCAUCGACAAACCUCUCUCUCGCACCCGCCGCACUGGCUGCGAAAUUCCCGACGCUGUUCCUUCCCCCCGACGCUCCUCCACCGCCUGAGCCGAAGAUCUUGAUCACGACGUCCAUCAACUCCACCCUCCACGAUGAAGCGGCGAUUCUGACAUCCUUGUUCCCCAACUCCAAAUACAUCCGCCGCUCGUCGCACCGGUACGGCUACAAAUUCUCGGUGCGCGAGAUCUCCUCGUUCGCCCAUAACCACGGCUACACGGCGGUGAUCGUGCUGGAGGAGGACCUGAAGAAACCGUCGGGCAUGACCAUCGUGCAUUUGCCCGAGGGGCCAACUUUCCACUUCUCCAUUUCGAACUGGUACACGGGCAAGGCUAUCCCCGGCCACGGCCGUGCGACGGGACACAUGCCCGAACUGAUCUUGAACAACUUCACCACUCCGCUGGGCUUGUUGACCGCUCAUUUGUUUCGCUCGCUGUUCCCUGCAACGCCCGAGCUGCAGGGCCGGCAGGUCCUGACCCUGCACAACCAGCGUGACUAUAUCUUUGUCCGCCGCCACCGAUACAUCUUCCGCGAGAAGCGUGAGACCGAAAAGUCGGUCGUCGGCCCUGAUGGCAAGGAGGUCAAGGGCGUCGAGGGCAUCCGGGCUGGACUGCAGGAGUUGGGACCCCGGAUGACGUUGAAAUUGAGACGUGUUGAUAAAGGCAUUCAACGCCGCAGUGGUCAAGAUUGGGAAUGGAAGGCGAAAAUGGAGAAGACGAGAACGAAAUUCCAGCUUUGA